AUGCAUAACCUUCUCUUCCUCCUCCUGACCGCACUCGCAGCGCGCGUUUUUGCGACGAGUCAGAUAGCGCUCUUCGAGGAUGACAAUUGCCAAGAGUCAUUGAGAGGUUUAGAGGGUCCAAACGGCUAUCCUAAUGGUACCUGUACAGAUCUCAGGCGCAAUGGGCCUUACGGCAGCUUCCAGGUUGUUGGCCUGGACCCAGGAUGCACAGUCACCAUUUACAUGAACGACACGACCGUCGACAUAUGCUCCGGCUUCCAAGAAGAGAUCCAAUCGAUCGACUGCUACAACUCGACCUUCGUAUACUACAGUAUCGACUUCUGCGACGCAGGCGCCAUUGGUGAAUCACCAUCUGCCACAUCAACGCCUACGCCUACAUCGACUCCGUCAUCCACACCACCUCCCAAGGCCUCGUCGGGCUUAUCGACGGGCGCGAUAGCAGGGGCAGCAGUUGGAGGAGGCAUAGGGCUGGGCAUAAUAAUCGGAUUAGCUGUGUUCUACAUCGUGAGGAAACGGCACUCGUCACGCCCGCGAGAGAUGUCGGGCUCUACGGAGCUUACCAGCGUGACGCCGUAUGAGGUACACGCGAAGCACAUUCAGGAGUUGGGACCAGGAGCGGUGGCAUACAAACACGAACCUGUGGAAAUUGCGCAACCACCCGUUGAGCUUGCGGGUACAGAGACGAUGCGGCAUGAAGGGAAAGGGUUGCAUUAG